UCACCAGCAGCCAUUCGGGCCGCGGCGGCCGAGUUCGGGGGUUGUUCACCGGGCGGGGCGGCACCGACCUCAGCGCAGGAUGAUAUCAUCCCCGUGCGGUGUUUCACUUGUGGCAAGGUUGUCGGCAACAAGUGGGAGGCCUACCUGGGCCUGCUGCAGGCCGAAUAUACCGAGGGUGAUGCACUGGACGCAUUGGGCCUGAAGCGAUAUUGCUGUAGACGGAUGCUCCUCUCCCACGUUGACCUGAUUGAGAAACUCCUGAACUAUGCACCUCUGGAGAAGUGAUACACCCUUGACUUGUGGAUCACAAUAAUGGAAAAGUAUUAGUCCAACCUCACUGGGUUUUAUGGCAGAAUUCUACAUGCAGAUCUAAAGAGUGACUUGUAUUUAAAUUUUUCAGUGCAGAAGUUGCAUUUAUGUAUCUUUAAUAAAAACGGAUUUCACUUUUA